AUGGAAGAACAACGUGAAAUUUUAGAUCAAUUAAAGAAGACAUUGGAAAUGUUGACUAUGGAUGCGACUGAAAAGUCUACCACCAAUACCUCAUCAUCAGCAUCUUCCACUACUUCUAGCAACAACGCAACCAUCUCCAACGACGAUUACGUUUCCAUAAAACACACAUAUGAAGAUUGUGCUCAAGAAUUCAUCAAUUUCCAAUACAAAAACCCAACAACAUACCACGUAGUGGACCAUAUUUCCAACUUGUUAUUAUCAAAGGGUUUUAAAUACUUAUGUGAAAAGGGUAAUUGGGAUGCUUGUGCCAAUGGUUCCAAAGGUGGUAAAUUCUUCACUGUAAGAAACGGUUCCAAUCUUGUAGCAUGGAUUGUAGGUGACAAAUGGCAAUACAAACGUGGUGUUGGUGCCGUUGCAUCUCAUAUUGAUUCCUUAACUGUUAAAUUAAAGCCUGUAUCCACCAAGGAAAACGUCGGUGGAUAUGAAAUGUUAGGUGUCGCUCCAUAUGGUGGUACUUUGAAUGAAGCUUGGUUGGAUAGAGAUUUAGGGAUUGCCGGUAGAGUUUAUAUUAGAACUCCAGGUGAAGAUGAAAUUAAAGCUGUUUUGAUUGAUUCUACUCCUCAUCCUAUUGCGAAGAUUCCUUCUUUGGCUCCACAUUUUGGUAAGCCAUCUGAAGGUCCUUUCGAUAAGGAGGAUCAAAUGGUUCCUGUUAUUGGAUUCACUGCAGCUGAUGAUGAUGAUGAACCUCCUGCUAAUGAAAAGGAAAAGACUUCUCCAUUGUAUGGUAAGCAUCCUAUUAAGUUACUUAGAUAUGUUGCUAAGUUGGCAAAUGUUAAAGUUUGUCAAUUAAUUCAAUUGGAUUUGGAUUUAUUUGAUGUUCAAAAGGGUACUCUUGGUGGGUUAAACAAUGAAUUUAUUUUUGCUCCACGUGUGGAUGAUAGAUUAUGUAGUUUUGCUGCUGCCAUUUGUCUUGCUCAUUUUGCUGAAAAUUUGGAUAUUGCCAAUAUGGAAACAUUCAAUGCUGUUGCAUUAUUCGAUAAUGAAGAAAUUGGUUCUUUAUCAAGACAAGGUGCUAAAGGUGGGUUAUUAGAAUCUGUUGUAGGUCGUGUUGCUACAGCAAGAAACAAGAGAGAUGUUCCACCAGAUAUGCGUACAUUAUUUGCUAAUUCUAUCAUAUUAUCAGCAGAUGUCAACCAUCUUUUCAAUCCAAAUUUCAAAGAUGUUUAUUUGAAAGACCAUGCACCAAAGCCAAAUUAUGGUAUUACAUUAUCAUUGGAUCCAAAUGGUCAUAUGGCUACAGAUUCCGUGGGUGUUACAUUCAUUGAAGAAUUAGCUCGUGGUAAUAAUGAUAAGGUACAAUACUUCCAAAUCAAGAACAAUUCAAGAUCAGGUGGUACCAUUGGUCCAUCUUUAGCUUGUCAAACUGGUGCUAGAACCAUUGAUUUGGGUAUUGCUCAAUUAUCUAUGCAUAGUAUUAGAGCCGCUACGGGGACGAGAGAUGUUGGUUUAGGUAUUAAAUUCUUUAGAAAUUUCUUUGACAAUUGGAGAACAGUCUACGACAAGUUUGCUGAUUUGUAG